GUACACCAAUAUUUAUAUACCUAAGAUAAUUAAUUUUUAGAGCCAGUUACUGAUAAUUUUCUGGGUAAAUAAAUUUUGCAGUGCAGCGCAACUACCUACCUAGUUACGUAAAUCGAAACAGUAUUUUUUGUUCAGUAUUAUUAAGUAAAUAGUUCUCAACUAACUGAUAUGUGAGAUAAGCUUAUCUUAAACGUUCAAUAACAUAACUGGUUCGUUACCUUAUUAUUAGUUACACUCAUUCAUAAUACGUUGUUGUUAGUGUGUGAUUUAUUUUAAAUAAAAAGUGCUAACUUAAAUUAGAAAAAUGAGUAAACCAGAUUUUCGCAGGUCUACAAGUACUUAUUAUAGUACAAAUUACCAAUAUACAUUCGUUCAAAAUAAAGAAAACGAUGGAACUAAAAUGCGAGGAUCCCGGAGAGUAGUUACAUUCUGCAUUUUAACAACAAUAAUGCCUACAAUACUUAUUGUUCUGCCCUUGUAUUUACGGAAUAUUAAGUAUGCAGAUGUACUGUAUAAGAUAUCCGACUCUGAUGUGAUACAAAUACACAAAGGACAGUCGUCGAUAUUUUGUGCUAAACAUUCCUUGAAAAUGAAUACUUCUUUCAAUGCAUUCCAAAUGAGAGGGAGACCUGAAUUAUCAGAUAGGAAGAAACAUAUUAGGCUAAGAAAGUCUAUGACAUUGCCUGAUGACACUUUAGAAUAUUGGGGAUUUUAUUUGUUCAAAGGUGCAACUGUAGAACUUAAAGCAUGUUCCCGACAUGAAGGUUCUAAAAUACUUGUUGUGAAAGGAGAAAAAAUACUUGAUACCUGUGGAAUAUUAGAAGGAAAUGGUUAUAAGAAAUCCCCUUCAUUUAUAGAAAACAAACAUGUUUUAGUGACACUUGAAAAUCCUCAUGUAAAACAAGAAAAUGUGUCUGAUAAAAUUAUAAAACCAGUCAAAGAAAAUGAUGGUUUUAACAAUUCAAGUAAUGAGCCUAAUAUUAGAAUAGAAAAUAAUAUUAUUGAUAAUGGAAUGUUAGAUGAAGCACCAAAAUUGAAUAUUGACAUAAUGGAUAAAUUCCAGGAUUUGGAAGUAAACAUAACUUCUGAGGACAGGAAGCGGAAAAGAAGAGAUGUAAAAAGAUCAACAUUACAUAACCCAAACACUGUACUAGAUGCUGGAGUUAACCAUGGAGGAAAUGCUUUUAAUAAUACUGUUAAUACACCACAGGAGAGUGCAAUAUCAAGUUUUGAAAACAGCUUGCAUGAAUGCUACCAUGAUAACAUGUUGAUGAACAAUUACUUUCCCUACUCCAUACAGUGCAAUAGCACAAAAUAUUUAGAAAAAACUACAACCCUAAAAGUAACACAUCAAGUUUUAGAAGAUGGUUAUUACUAUUAUAUAUUUUAUAGUGAUAAUGAUAUUGUAAUGAAUGAUAUUCAUGCAAUUUUUGACAUAUACAAGCCAACAUUUCAAUACAUAAAUAUGUCUGACUCUAAGAUAUGUGUAAACAGAACUGAAUGUGAAUUUGAUGUUGGAUUAUUUAGUGAUGAAUUAGUUAUUGUUGAAGUCCCUACUAAAGAUGGGUUGAAGAAUGAUGAUGAAUCUUCCAUUUUAGUAUCUAUAUGCCAUCCACGGAUGACUGUAUACAUAUUUUUUCCAAUUUCAGUCUUGUUACUGAUAUUAUUAUUUGCAUUUUUAUGAUAUAUACUGAAAGUAACAUUCCAUUAUUUUUUAAUUAAAAUGAACUUUACCAAAAGUGUGAUAUUAUUUUACUAAAGGCAGCUAUAAGAGUUAUAAGUAUAUUAUACAAUACUUUUUAUAGUGUAAGAUUAAUGUAAAAAAUGUGUUACAAACUAACAUGAUUUAAAAAUUGUAAUUGUGCCAGUAGAUAUUAUGAUAUUGCAUUGUUGUCUAUGUGUGUAGUAAUUUCUAUUAUAUUCAUUGUUGUGUUAAAUCGUUUUAUGGUAUUAAAAGUUUAUCCUAGCCAUUA